UGGAUAUUUCCAGAGAGUCUGAGGCAGGAUCGCUGCACUGUCAGCUACUCCAGCAAGGUGAGAGAGAGAACAGUGUUUAAAGGGAGCUCCACAAUGGAAGAGAGCCAUGAACUUGUUUUCUUCGUCAACGGACGCAAGAUUGUGGAGAAAAAUGUGGAUCCGGAAUUGAACCUUCUAACCUAUCUGAGGAGAAAAUUGGGUCUAACCGGAACCAAGCUCGGCUGUGGAGAAGGAGGAUGCGGCUCUUGCACUGUGAUGGUCUCCAAGUAUAGCCCUCUCGAAAAGAAGAUCCUACAUAUCGCUAUCAAUGCCUGCCUUGCACCACUCUGUUCCCUGCACCAUGCCGCUGUGACUACGGUGGAAGGAAUUGGCAGCACCACCACUCGGAUUCACCCGGUCCAGGAACGGAUAGCCAAAUCCCACGGCUCCCAGUGUGGAUUCUGCACCCCCGGAAUUGUCAUGUCCGUGUACACUUUAUUACGGAACAACCCGGAUCCCACGAUGGAGGAGAUUGAAGACACCCUCCAAGGAAACCUGUGUCGAUGUACAGGGUACAGAGCCAUCCUCGAGGGAUUAAGCACCUUUGCUAAACCAUUGAACUGCUGUGGUCAGAGUGGGAAAGAAAACGGCUGCUGUAAGGGGCAGUUUGGAGCUAAUCGUCUAGGACCAUCAAACUGCUGUGAUCAGAAUGGGACAGAAAAUGGCUGCUGCAAGGGGCAGUUUGGAGUUAAUCCACCUGGGAUGUCACCCAGGCUUUUCGAACCAUCAGAGUUUAAACCUCUGGAUCCCACUCAGGAGCCGAUCUUCCCCCCAGAGCUCCUGGAAGUGACAAAGAUGAUGAAAGAGGGUAGGGCGGUGGAUGUUGACUAUAUGGUCUUUAAGCGUUGUUUCUCAUGUGCACACCUUGACUGUUUUGAAGGGAUAAUGUUCGGGGCUGCCUGUAAUCUGACCUACAUUGGGAGUGUGCUGAAACAGGCCAUAAACCAGCUUCCCAGUUACAAGACUGAGGUUUUCAAGGCGGUAUUGGAACAGCUGCAUUGGUUCGCAGGACAACAGGUCCGGAAUGUUGCUGCUGUCGGAGGGAACAUCAUGACCGCCAGCCCUAUCUCAGACCUCAACCCUGUGUUCAUGGCCUCUGGCUGUUUGCUGACCUUGUCCUCUGAAGGUGGCAACCGUGUUGUGCGAAUGGAUGGAGAUUUCUUCACGGGCUACAGGAAGACUGUGGUGAAGCCUCAGGAAGUAUUGAUUUCCAUCGAGAUCCCCUACACAAAGAAGGGGGAGUAUUUCUCAGCGUACAAACAGGCCCAAAGAAGGGACGAUGAUAUCGCAAUUGUGAACUGCGGGAUGAGAGUGGCUUUCAAGGAAGGCACCGACAUUGUGGAAGAGUCGGGACUGAGUUACGGAGGCAUGGCUCCUACCACUGUGUUUGCGAAGAAGACAUGUGCACUGUUGCUUGGAAAGAAAUGGAAUAAGACGUUGCUGCAGGAGGCCUGCUCACAGCUCGCAGGUGAACUCACUCUCUCGCCCUCUGCCCCCGGUGGCAUGGUACAAUUCCGACGCACCUUGACCCUCAGCUUCUUCUUCAAGUUCUACCUCAGCGUCCUCCAGAAGCUUCGGCAAGACUUCCAGAACGAUAUCCAAGUUGAAUCCAUACCUCCAGAUUACGUCAGUGCCACGGAAUUAUUCCACAAGGAUCCACCUUCAGCAGUUCAACUGUUCCAGGAAGUGCCUCCUAACCAGUGCCCCAUGGAUGUAGUCGGACAGCCACUGCCCCAUCUGUCAAGCCUCAAACAAGCCACCGGGGAGGCCCUUUACUGUGACGACCUGCCCUGCUUCGAGAAGGAGCUCUACCUGGCUCUGGUGACCAGCACUGAAGCUCACGCCAAGAUAAGUUCAAUUGAUACAAGUGAAGCCCUGAAGGUUCCUGGAGUGACGCACUUCCUCACAGCCAAGGAUGUCCCUGGGAGCAACCAAACGGGGCAGAUCUUAAUGGAUGAGACAGUGUUUGCUGAUGGAGUGGUCACUUGUGUAGGACACGUCAUUGGGGCAAUUGUUGCUGACACAGAGAUUCAUGCCCACACAGCUGCGAAAGCAGUAAAGAUCACGUAUGAGAAGCUUAAACCUAUCAUCACCAUUCAGGACGCAGUCACCCAUAAUUCGUUCCACAUGCCUCCGAGGAAAAUUGAGAAUGGAAACAUCGAUCUUGGAUUUGCAGAGUCAGAUGACAUAAUUGAGGGAGAAAUGUACAUUGGUGGCCAGGAGCACUUUUACCUGGAGACGCAGUGCACUGUGGCUAUACCCAGGGGCGAAGACGGUGAAAUGGAACUCUUUGUGUCAACCCAGAGCCCUUCUCAGAUCCAGACCCUCGUUGCUCAUGCACUGGGUGUCCCCGCCAACAGGAUUGUUGUUCGGGUGAAGAGGAUAGGAGGGGGCUUCGGGGGCAAGGAAACACGCAGCUGGCUGCUGUCUACCGUCGUCGCAGUCGCAGCUCACAAGACAAAGCGACCUGUUCGAUGUUCACUGAACCGUGAUGAGGACAUGUUGGUGACUGGAGGAAGAAAUCCUUUUCUGGGCCGCUACAAGGUCGGAUUUCAGAAGAACGGGAAGGUUGUAGCUUUGGACCUCAAGCUCUACUGUAAUGCUGGAAAUAGCCUGGACAUUUCAUCUGCUGUCAUGAAUCGAGCCUUAUUCCACAUGGACAACGCAUACAAAAUCCCCAACGCACGGGUGAUCAGCUACAUCUGCAAGACCAACCUGACUUCCAACACGGCGUUCCGCGGAUUUGGAGCGCCGCAGGCAAUGCUGAUCGCGGAGUGCUGGAUGAAUGACAUUGUUGCAAAGUGUGGGCUGCCUUCUGAGCAGGUGCAGAGGCUCAACCUGUACCAGGAAGGAGACAUCACCCACACCAAUCAAAAGCUGGAAGCAGUCAAUAUCAUAAAAUGUUGGGACGAAUGUUUGGAGAAUUCAUCUUUCCACAGCAGGAGAAAAGCAGUGGAUGAUUAUAACAGGCAACAUUGCUGGAAGAAGAGAGGGCUGGCCAUUAUCCCAACCAAGUUCGGGAUAAGCUUCAAUGCCAUAUUCUUGAAUCAGGCAGGAGCUUUGGUCCACAUUUACACUGAUGGCUCAGUCCUUCUGACUCAUGGUGGAGUUGAGAUGGGACAAGGCCUCCACACAAAAAUGGUUCAGGUUGCCAGUAAGGCUCUGGGAAUUCCAGUUUCUCGGAUUCACAUCUCGGAGACCAGCACCAACACUGUCCCGAAUACCAGUGCAACAGCGGCUUCUGUCGGAUCAGAUCUAAAUGGAAUGGCUAUUUUAAACGCAUGCCAAACCCUUCUGGAGAGACUCCAACCAUUUAAACUCGCCAAUCCGAAGGGGACCUGGGAACAAUGGAUUUCUGCAGCCUAUAUGGAGAGAGUGAGCCUGUCAGCGGCAGGAUUCUACAGGACUCCUGAUCUGAACUAUGACUGGGAUAAGAACGAAGGAAGGGCGUACAAUUACUACAGUUAUGGUGUGGCUUGCUCAGAGGUUGAAAUUGACUGUCUCACUGGCGAUCACAAGAACCUGCGCACUGACAUCGUCAUGGAUGUGGGGAAUAGCCUGAACCCAGCUGUGGACAUUGGUCAGGUGGAAGGAGGCUUCAUGCAGGGUCUCGGGUAUUUUACCCUGGAGGAACUACGGUACUCACCAGAGGGUGUCCUGUACACCCGUGGACCAGGAGCAUACAAGAUUCCAUCAGCUGGCGAUAUCCCAAUGCAACUCAACGUAUCUCUCCUCCGGGAAUCUCCGAACAGAAAAGCCAUUUAUUCUUCCAAGGCUGUUGGAGAGCCCCCUUUAUUCCUAGCUGCCUCCAUUUUCUUCGCAAUCAAAGACGCCAUCGUUGCAGCAAGAGCAACCUCUGGGAAGACAGGCCCCCUUCGCCUCAACAGCCCAGCAACACCAGAAAGGAUACGGAACGCCUGCAUUGACAACCUGACAGAGAUGUGUCCUCCUGCAGAUCCAGGGACCUUUACACCUUGGAAUAUUGAAGUGUAAUUGUACCCCAUCAGACAAUUUCCUGUUUCCUGAAAGCCCCUCAGUGGAAUAUAACAUGGUAGGGUCUACCCCACUCCUGUGGCGCCGAUCCCUACCCUGUCUAGCCCUACUCCAUCUUUUAGAAAAUGACUCUACAUUGCACUCAAAUUUGACCAGCUGGUGGCCAUUCAGUGGAUAAUUUUACACAUUGCACACAGAUGACAGUUCAUUCAAUAUUUAAGUCAAAUGAUUCAUCUGAAAAUUAAUCCAACUACUGCCUGGAAAAGCAAAAUGGUGAUUAUUUUUUCAACUAAUAAACUGAAUGACUUGCAACAUGACAAACGUGGGCUGGCAGAGUGGUGCUGGAAGAGCACAGCAGUCCAGGCAGCAUCCGAGGAGCAGCAAAAUCGACGUUUCGGGCAAAAGCCCUUCAUGAGGAAU